CUGCGCAGUAGCACACCUUGUUACUUCGACCAUGGACUCAACGAUGGAUUAGACCGAAGUUUCAUUUGCAAGCGAUACAGUUUAAUAACAAAUAAAGAACCUUUAUUUUUUAAUGCAGUUUAAUAACAGAUUUACUAGCAUUAGCAAAGAAAGAACAAAGAGGGAAUAAAGUGAGAGUAGCUUAGGUUGCUUAUUUUACGUAUGAACAGUGUCCUAACCUACUUUAUGCGUCAAGUGCUGUCAACUUGGAUUGAGCGGGAAAAGAAUUAAACGACAGCAUUAUGAAUGAGAUUACGGAUAAUUUUGCAUGGACCCGUCAACUCGAGUGUCCACCAACAUUGUGUAAUGAUCCAGUGAAGAAAAUAUUAUGCAAAGGAGUACUGGAACUCUUGUGGGAGGAUAUUUCCAACUGUGUGUACCCUACGACUGAAGCAUGUAAAAUCAAAAAGAAUAUUCUGCUGUACAAGCUGAGGCAUGGCCUGAAAGAUUCCACAAUUGCACGUAUUAAGGAUUUGGAUCAGUCAAGAUGCAAAAAUAACAAACUGAAGGAUCAGAUAGCUGCAUUAGAGAAAGAGUACGACGAACAAGAUCACACUGUUAGACGAAAAAUGCAACAGUUGAAAGACAUAAACAGCAAAUAUUCAAUGAUGAGGACGAGAAAAGAUUUCCUGAAAUUGAAACACAACGAAACUAAAAAACAAUUGAAAGAUUGCACUGACAUGAGACGAGUGUGCCAGCAUUUAAUGCCAAAUACUUUCAAGGAGAUAGAUGAGCAGAGGUUGAGGGAAAGCCUGGAUGUAGUAGCUGGUUUACGAUCGGGAAAUAGGAAGCAAGUACGGGAAAAGAUAUCAAACUCUCUUGGCAGUGUUGACAUAUACACACUGUGGACACGUUUGUAUCAAGUACUGUCACAGGAUUUAGACACGUUAAUGAAGCUGGAGACGAAAAACGAUCUUAGCAGUUCAACACUGGUGGGCGAAAAUAUAGACAUCGGUAUCGCAAGAAUGUGUGGCCAGUACAUAUGCAUGAUAUCGAAAUGCGCAUUGUCCAACGCUAAAGUCAGCAAAUACGAGGAGCGUUUAGUGGAGUUCAUACAGCUGAUUGAGUCGCUAUCUCACGAGGAUGUAACCACGUGGCUGGCUUUGACGUUGGAAGUGAGGAAACUAGAAACCGAGCAAGCGUAUCUGCAGAACGAAGUUCAGAAAUUGAAGAAGAACUGCGAGGACAAUUCCCUGCUCAAUCUCGACAUAGCUCAAUUAACGGCUGACAUAGAGGCGAUCGAUGCACAGAUAGACGGAUACGUCAAGAACAUUCAGCAGUCUAUAACCGUUCUCAACUGUGCAGCGUCGCUCACACUUGAAGCAAAGGAGAAACUGCACUUUCAACUACAAAAGAUAGUGGCAGUGCAAGCCGAAGAUUACGACGCGCAAUGCGUGAGCAGCGCGUUGGACAUCGAAUUGGACAUGUUUUAUAACGUUCUCGAUCUGAACGCUCUGCGAAAGGUGAUGUUGAAAGGGGAUGUGGGAGCGUACAGACACGCGGUCUGUUGUCUCGACAAGGCCUCCGUCGCAGCGAUCAAUCCGCAAUGUUCGAGGAUUAAGCCUCACUUCCCGAUGGUGCAGACGCCACUGUACAGUCUUAUAGAAUGCUACAGGAAUGCGGUUGCCAACAUAAUCUACACGAAGCUGCAUUGCUCCACGUCAACGGAAAAGGUCGAGCACGCGGAUGAAUUAACGCCGUCACGCGAGAAAUGUAAUUACAACAGCCUGGAGUUGCUGAGCCUCUCCAAGAUCGUUUGCGAUCAGGCGCGCGAGGAAAUCGGACGCUUCAACGCGAUCUUAAAUACUUGGACGCAUCAGGACGUGCAAGAAGCGAUGGCACUCGAUGAAACGACCGUGGACGGCGUAUCGUUUAAGGAUUGGUUGCAGCGUUACAACGUGUUAUUGUACAUGAUACAAAAUGGCAAAUGAUUCAAGUUAUAAACUUCUUUCCAUCAGGAUUCAUUUAAAGUGUAAUAACAUCAGAAAUAUCGCAGCGCACGUAAGUGCAGCCACCGUGAAGAACAAUGGCAUCGCAAACACUGAAAACACAGGUAUAGUAAAUAGACUUAUAUUUCUCGCAAAAAUAUGUC